AUAAACUCAACCAAAUUCAUAGGAUGAGUCGAUCACUAACCUCUACAGGAAUAUCAUCUGCUGUGCCAACUCAAUCAAAACUAUUUUCUUAGCUGCUAUUCCACAAAAAAAAAAAAAAAAACAGAAGCCUUCUAGAUAAGCAUCUUGAAUAGUAGUUCCAAUAUUACUAGUAGUACACACUACACAGUUCAUUAUUCCAAAAAGAAGUCUACAAAAGCACCAAUUAAGUUUCUUCUUAUUUUUUCUCUACAUCAACAAAACCACAUUCCCUUCUCUUAACAUAAAAAAAAAAAGAAAAAAAAUUGCCUUCUUUUUCAUCUUUCCCAAUAUUUUCUUGAAUUCUUGUUUAGUAAUUCAAUGUCUGUACCAUUAGAACAUGAUUAUAUAGGUCUAUCAGAAACUUCUUUAAUGGAAAAAAGUUCUGAUAAAAUCUCCUCCUCUUCUUCUUCUUCUUCUUCCUCAGUUCUUAACCUUAAGGAGACUGAGCUAAGACUUGGGUUGCCAGGUUCUGAGUCUGUUGGGGUUUCUCUUUUUGGCAAAGAUUUGGAAGACAAAAAUUUGGGUUUUAACUCUUUAAGCAAUUUUACAUCAAGAACUAAAAGGGGUUUUUCUGAUGCCAUUGAUGCUUCUGGGAAAUGGGAUUUGUCCAUUAAUUGCAGAUCUGAAGCUGAUGGAGAGAAACAAAACUUGUUGUUUUCUCCAAAAAGAUCUGUUGAAGAAAAAAAGUCUGUUAAUGCUUCUCACACUUCAAAGACACAAGUAGUAGGAUGGCCACCAGUAAGAUCAUUCAGGAAGAAUACUCUGGCUACUAAGAAAAAUGAAGCUGAAGGGAAAACAGGUUCAAGUAAUUGCCUCUAUGUAAAGGUUAGCAUGGAUGGUGCUCCAUACUUGAGAAAGGUUGACAUCAAAACUUACAGUAACUAUGCAGACCUCUCAUCAGCACUUGAAAAGAUGUUCAGCUGCUUUAGUAUUGGUCAGUGCGCCAGUGAUGGACUUCCAGGGCAAGAGGAACUUAGUGAAACUCACUUGAUGGAUCUUCUCAAUGGAUCUGAAUAUGUGCUGACUUAUGAAGACAAGGAUGGUGAUUGGAUGCUUGUCGGCGACGUUCCUUGGGAGAUGUUCACAGACUCAUGUAAAAGACUGCGUAUCAUGAAAAGCUCAGAGGCAAUUGGGCUAGCUCCAAGGGCCAUAAACAAGAGCAAGAACCAAAAUUAGCGACUGAAAGAUUAACUGUCCAAGGUUUCUACAUCGACGACCAUCCUUUUCCUCCCCUCUAUGUAUGUGGAAAUAGACUAGAUGUGUAGCAUUAGAGAGCUGGUUUGAGAAAAUAUAACCGGUGAUAUCCAAGAUUUUGUUUAGUAGCUAUGGAAAUUGUACUGUGGCUAGUGUCUUUUGAGUGGCAAUUUUUGCUUGCACAUGCAACCUGCAAGUGUAUUUGCAAACAAAAUUUCAUUUUUAGACCAA